UCAGAGUGAAAGAGUGAAAGAGAAAGGGGAGAAGCAAGGAAAAAGGGAAGUUCUUCCAAGUUCCAUUGCCGAAGAAACCCUUAAAAUGGAUGCCAAUCUACGAGCCGUAGAACAACUGGAGACCAAGGUGGAAGAAGAACAGGAAGAAAUUGCACAUUCAUCCUCUAAAGCCGCCUCUGUAGUUACUCCUCCGUUAUCCACAGCUUCAAUCUCUCUCUCCCUCUCAACCAUCCUCCCCACUCAUCUCCUUCUCCCUCCCAAACCCUCCUCUCUACUCCCUGCUCUUCCCAACAAAAUCAAAAUCCCCUCUCAGGUAUCCUCUCUGUCUCACCUCUCCCUCUCUUCCUCCUCCCAAUCUCCUCCCAAGUCAUCCUUCCGCUCCACCUUUUCGGCCUCUCCACUCCAAGCCCCUCUCCCACGCGCCCCCCGUCGGUCCUCUGAACCGUCCAACCUCGCUGGAGUCCGUCGUUCGUCCAUCGUGUGGUUCCGAAAUGACCUCCGUGUGCACGACAAUGAGUGCCUCAAUACUGCCCAGAACGAGUCCAUUUCGGUCCUUCCCGUCUACUGCUUCGACCCUCGCGACUACGGCAAGUCCUCCUCGGGAUUUGAUAAGACAGGGCCCUACCGUGCUACUUUCUUGAUUGAGUCCGUCUCUGAUCUACGGCGAACCCUCCAGUCCAGAGGGUCCGACCUCGUGGUCAGGAUUGGGAAGCCGGAGAUCGUUUUAGUUGAUUUGGCGAAGGCUAUUGGGGCCGAUGCCGUUUAUGCACAUAGGGAGGUAUCACACGAUGAGGUUCGUGCUGAGGAGAAGAUUGAGGCUGCAAUGAAGGAGGAAGGUGUGGAGGUGAAGUUCUUCUGGGGGAGCACCUUGUAUCACCUCGACGAUUUGCCGUUCAAGCUGGAGGAAAUGCCGUCCAAUUAUGGUGGGUUUAGGGAGAAGCUGCAAGCCCUGGAAGUGAGGAGUACAAUUGCGGCUCUGGAUCAAUUUAAGGGUUUGCCAGCCAGAGGAGAUGUAGAGCCCGGUGAGAUUCCAACCUUGCUGGAUCUGGGGCUCAACCCAACUGCAACAAUAACUCAGGGUGGAAAGCCAGCUGCGAACGCUUCUCUUGUGGGAGGGGAAACCGAAGCAUUACAGAGGCUUAGAAAAUUUGCAGUGGAAUGUCAGGUACAGCCAAACAAGGGAGAUAGUAGCAUAUAUGGUGCCAACUUUUCCUGUAAGAUCUCUCCAUGGUUGGCCAUGGGAUGCCUAUCUCCUCGUUACAUGUUUGAUGAGCUAAAGAAAUCUGCCACCAGAAUAAUUUCUGCUUCAACCCGGAAAGAUGGUGGUUCUGGCCCAUCUGAUACUGGAAUGAACUGGCUGAUGUUUGAGUUGUUAUGGAGAGAUUUCUUCAGAUUCAUCACCAAGAAGUACAGCUCUACCAAGAAACAGCUUGUUGGUUCUGCAGCUACAGCUUGCACUGGUGCCCUUGCUUGAGGGAGAACUCUCAAUAGAGUUGGAAGGAAAUUUCAGAUGUGA